AUGAACGAGAUUUUAUCAGAGCGUGUAUUCAUGUCUAUUCUUAACCUUACAAGAUUCAAACAACUAACAAAUUUAAUUAUGAAAAAUCCAUCUAAUAAUAUUAUUAAUAGAUUAGUGGAUGAAUGUGGAUUGAGAAGUAUCUAUUUGGACUUUUUCGGUGAAAAAGAUAUUUCAUUUGAAUGGAGUAAUUGGGAAAAAUACUUUUCCAUUGAGUCUCUUAAUAAUUUACAUGUUUUACACAUUUCUGGAUCUGUUGGAAAUCCUAUAGGUGCAUUACAUCAUCUAACAAAUUGUAGAAUAUUAAGCCUAUCUCAAAAUAAUGUAUUUUACAAAGAUUCCUUACAAACCAUUAUGAGUAUGAAAAAACUCACUCACUUAUGUCUUACUAAUUUUAAUAGUAGUGAAAUACCAAAGGAGACUCUUUACAUUAUUUUCUCAUGUUUAGGGGAAUUAUAUGAUUUACAAGUUUUAGAGUUGAUAUCUGAAGUUGCUUUAGAACUGAAAAUAGAUUCAAAGGUUGAGAAAUCUGUGAGUUCAACAAAAAUUCAACAGCUUACUCUUAUAGCACCAUCAAUUAAUAUUAUUGAAGAUACAUUAACACAUUCUAAAUUAUUUUUCAAUCACUUGCAAGUUUGUCAGUAUAUUUUUCUUCCAAUUGGUAAGGCAAGUUCCAGGUUUUUCGUUCCCUCUGUAGAUAGAUUGAACUUAGCUUUGCUGUCAUCCUCAUUUCCUUUGAGUUUGUUUUCUAAGAUUUCAAUAGAUACAUUAUACAUUUGGAAAGAUACUUCGUUUGAAAUGAUUGAUUUGUGUUAUUCAAAAUUAUUUAUUGGUUCUAGAUUUAAGGAUGAUAAAAAAGUUGGUAUAGAUAAGGUUUUUACGAAUACUUGUUUCAAAAUUACCAAUUCCAAUUUUUCAUAUAGUCAUGGAAAGCAAUUUGAAAAUCUUCAAAGCUUGAUUAUUGAUGGCUCUUCUCAUCUCUAUAUAGAUGAUUUGUUAAACGCACUUUCCAGUGCGAGAGAAACACUGAGCACUUUGAUAAUGUCUAGAUGUGAAUUUUAUAAUAGUAUAGUAACAAGUACAAAAUCAUUAACUUUUACAAAAUUGAAGGAAUUUAGGUUAUGUUCAGUAUAUCCUGUAUAUUUCUUAAUGGAAAAUUUAAGGUUUAAAGCACCUUUGUUAGAAAUUUUAGAGAUAACUGAUUUGUAUCAAACGGAACCGGAAACACUCAUCAAAUUUAUUUCAGAAUCUUCUAUACCAUUACACUCUUUAAAGGAAUUCAAGCUCAAAGAGGCUCAACUUGGAGAUCAUUAUUUGUGUGAAUUAUUUCAAAAAGUUCUUCCAUCACCAAAUUUAACUCAAGUGGAAGUUUGUAGUGUUGGACCUAUUACCAUGGAUGGUUUACAAUUACUUUCACAGAUACCAGAUUAUAAUCUUUCGAAAAUAACAAGUUUUAGUUUGCCUAGGUUUGAAGUGAAACCCUCAAAAUUGGAUGAAUAUUUCCUAUUCAUUAGAAAGCUGAAUAAUUUAAAAGUGUUGACUAUUAAUAUUGAAUCUAUAGACAUUUUAGUUGAUGUAUUAGAAAGGAUAUGCCAUGAUGUAAACAAUUUGGAAAAAUUGAAUAUUGUCCUAUCAGACAGACUCAACAUUAAAUCAACCUAUCAGAAGAAUGACAAAAUUAGUUAUGCAAUUAAGAAAUUAAUUUUAUCCAUGUCAAGUUUGAAGAGAAUAAUUCUGGAUUGGUCACCAUUUGAUAAUGCUCAAUUAGAAGACUUUAGAAAAUCUAUUAGAUCAAGUGGAAAACAGCCACCAAAGCUUGUUUUUCCACUCAGUUCUUUGAAUAAUUACAAAACAAAUUCUAAUUCUUCUUGUGAUAUUCAGUAA